UAUUUUACCGAAUAAUGAAACGUCUCUCCGCCGCAUCGCAGGCUCUCUCUCUCUCUCUCAUUUCUUUGAUCAUAAUCGAGACAAAAAUCUAUAACAUGUUCGCUCUUGACAUUGUGCGCGUUUGUACUCUCUGAAUCGGUGAAACCCUAGACUGCGAAAUUCGUUGAUGCAAUCAGUAAAAUUCCUCACCCUGCAACAAUGGCGGCUUCGUUGCACGUACACGGUGUCAAAAUUCCAUUUCAUGGAGCUAUAAGGAGCUCCAAAUUGUGUCCACAACACAUGCCUAUCUCAUUGAAGCGGCUCAGAUUCUCAGAUUCCGUGGCCUCGCAGUCAAGAUUGCUAUGUGAGGCAAUUGAAGAUUCUUCAAGGAGUGAUAGGAGGAGAGCGAUGAUAAAAGGAGGAGUAGAGGCUGUGCUCAGAGAGGAGGAGAUAGAGGAGCGAUUCUCCGAUGGAACUGCGGAGGCUUUCACGUGCGUAAUGAAGUUCGGAGGAUCGUCGGUGGCAUCGGCGAAGAGGAUGAGAGAGAUCGCCGUUCUUAUUCUCAGUUUCCCUGAGGAACGGCCUGCCGUUGUUCUCUCUGCUAUGGGAAAAACCACUAACAAACUUUUACAGGCUGGAGAGAAGGCUGUCAGUUGUGGCGUCAAUAAGGCAUCGGAAAUCGAAGAGUUGAGCUUUGUGAAAGAGCUGCAUCUUAGGACGGUAGAUGAACUUGGAGUUGAUCGCUCUGUUAUCUCUGCUCACUUGGAAGAACUGGAGCAACUUCUGAAAGGAAUAGCUGUGAUGAAAGAGUUAACUCUCCGCACGAGAGACUAUUUGGUUUCAUUUGGAGAGUGCAUGUCCACGAGAAUCUUUGUGGCUUAUUUGAAUAAAAUUGGUAUUAAAGCACACCAAUAUGAUGCGUUUGAUAUUGGCUUCAUAACCACGGACGAUUUCACAAAUGCGGACAUCUUGGAAGCAACUUACCCAGCUGUUGCCAAGAGAUUACAUGGUGAUUGGAUCAAUGAUCCUGCAAUUCCCGUUGUUACUGGCUUCCUUGGAAAGGGCUGGAAAUCUUGUGCGAUUACCACCUUGGGUCGGGGUGGUAGUGAUCUGACUGCUACAACCAUUGGCAAAGCCUUAGGCUUGCGGGAAAUUCAGGUCUGGAAAGAUGUUGAUGGUGUCUUGACCUGCGACCCUAGUAUUUAUCCACGUGCAGAACCUGUACCUUAUUUGUCAUUCGAUGAGGCAGCAGAGCUUGCAUACUUUGGUGCUCAGGUCCUACACCCACAAUCAAUGCGACCAGCCCGAGAGGGAAAUAUCCCUGUUAGGGUCAAGAAUUCAUACAACCCUAAAGCUCCUGGUACCCUCAUCACUAAAACAAGAGAUAUGAGGAAGGCUGUGCUGACCAGCAUAGUUUUGAAGCAGAAUGUUACCAUGUUGGAUAUAGUUAGUACCUGCAUGCUUGGUCAAUUUGGCUUCCUCGCAAAGGUGUUCUCAAUCUUUGAAGAUUUGGGCAUAUCCGUGGAUGUUGUUGCUACUAGUGAAGUUAGUAUAUCUUUGACAUUAGAUCCAUCCAAACUUUGGAGCAGAGAACUGAUUCAGCAGGAACUUGACCAUGUAGUGGAAGAGCUUGAGAAAAUUGCAGUCGUGAAUCUACUGCAGCACAGAUCAAUCAUCUCUCUUAUUGGCAACGUUCAGCGUUCCUCGUUGAUACUGGAGAAGGUAUUUCGUGUUCUUCGAACCAAUGGAGUUAAUGUCCAGAUGAUCUCACAGGGUGCAUCCAAGGUAAAUAUUUCAUUAAUAGUAAAUGACAGAGAAGCUGUACAAUGCGUGAAGGCCCUUCACUACUCCUUUUUUGAGAGUGGUGAUCUAUCUGAACUAGUACUAGAUGGUGAAUUUGGAAAUGGCUCAGCUAUGUCUCGCCGAGUAGAAAGUCAUUGAGUAUUUCUCCUAGUAUAUUCUUGUUUCCAAUGAUUCUUUGUUUUCUCAAACAUCUCUAUUGGCCAUUGCCAUCUAUUAAACCACGCCUUUGAAUUUCAAGGCAAAUGUUUGGUUUUGUUA